AAUGAAUCGGCUGCGACACAUCGGGUUUACCUGUUGCUUAGCAACUCAGAUUUCAUCUGCGUGAAAAUUCCUCCCUCAGCACAUUUCUACAUGUAAAUAUCUAACAUCCACAAUGCUGGACGCUGCUUUAAGUUCAUACGGAGCACAGGUCGUGCUGGCUACAUCGAGCGAUGAGAAUCACCCACCGGAGAACAUCAUCGACGGAAAAACAGAGACUUUCUGGAUUUCAACUGGCAUGUUUCCCCAAGAGUUUAUUAUCCGCUUCCCGGACAAUAUGAAGAUUUUCACUGUCUCUAUUCAAAGUUAUAACAUUAAAAGGCUGAGAAUAGAAAAAGGCACAUCAGACGAUGCUGAUAAAUUUGAAACGGUUGCAGACACCGAGUUUGAGCACACAGAGAGCAGCCUACAGGCUAAUGACAUUUCUGUAAAUGUAUUAAAUACAACACACUUACGGUUUCUCAUACUGUCUGGAUAUGAUCACUUUGUCUCUGUUCACAAAGUUAGUGUACAAUCAUGAGAUGAUCUCCAUCUGUCAUGCCUUUUUUAUAAACUCACAUGAUGAGUAACCAAAGUAGAUCACUGUUCAGUUUUCUUAAAUACACUUUCUCCUAAUUUCUAUUGUUUAAUAUGUAAGUCUCCUCCACUGUUGAUGACUAUACAAUAUUCAAAAUUAAUUAAAUAAAAUUGAAAUAAAACAGAGAUAUUACACAGAAAAUGACAAAUGUUACCCUGGCAGCUAAUUGAAAUACGGUAAAACAAGUUGAAGUAAAAAAUUACAAAAAACCUUAACAAAUGAAAAAGAAAAACAGAAACAUUGAAGAACAAAAAUCCAUAUGAAAUACUAAAACCUAAACUAAAAUGAAAAUGGCCUAACAAAUGAUAUGGUUUAGUUCAAAUUUAGUUUGAAGCAUCUAAAUGAACAAUACCGUUGACUUUGAAUUAUUGACGGUGUGGAUUGAAUCAUGGAAACAAAUUUGUAGCCUGUUUGUCCCACAUGAGGAAUGUGAUGAAGCUCUAAAGUGUAACAGUGGCCAAUGGAAAUUUGGAAAUUAAAAAGUGUUCUUGGUAUUUGAGCAGUGCAUUCAUAUAAGCACAUAUUCAUUUGUUAAAGUACCAUGGUUUGUUUAAAAAAACUCUAGAGAUAUGCUUACGAUGAUUCUUCUUUUCAAAAAUGUAGAAAACUUCAGAUGUUUAUGUUUAUGUUCUUACACCAAACAACAUUUUGUGAUGAUUUACUGUCUUGUGUAUGAAAGAUACAAAACAACCAGAAACUUAUGAAACACAA